AUGCUGUGGCAGCGCUGCGGACCGCUCCUGUCGCUGCUGGAGCGGCUGCUGCAGCUGCUGGAGCUCAACGGCAACGUGGAGGAAGACUUCAUCCAGGUCGUUCGGCGCUUCGAAACGAUGCGCCAGAGAUGCUGCUUCCUGGAGAAGGACAGGCAGCGGGCCCAGGAGCAACUGGCACAUGUGGAGGCCGAGCGGGCAGCGCUGGAGGUGAAGCUCAAGCACGCCCGAAACCAGGUGGAGGUGGAGAUGAAGCGGCGGCACCGGGCAGAAGCUGAGCUGGAGAAGCAGGAGCGCAAACUUCAACUGGUCUUUGAGUCCCUGAUGCGGGAGCCGUGGGGUAGAGAGGUGCUGAGCAGGGAGCAGUUCUCUGUCCUCAGUGCCCUGGCUGGCCGGCGCCUCGGGGAGACCCUGGUGCCGGGAAGGAGGUCAUCUGUGGUGGAUGAGUCAGGCCAAUCCCUCCUGUCCCACUCAGACAUCAGCUAUGACCGCACCGAGGAUGACGUGGACGUUGAUAUGAUGUUGGUACGGACCCUGAAGCGCAAAGCCCAGGAGAGGCAGCGUGUUUCCCUGGCCCCUCAGAUUGGCCCUGUGGUGGUGGCAAAGCGGCACCGGUCUUCUGUGGCACCCCACAAUGCUCAGGCGAGUGUCCCCCCUGCAUCCCUUCCUGCUGAGGUGCCAGGUCCUGCUGGCAGCCUCCUGCCUGCCACUCUGGUGCUACAACGUUGGCAGGGACACAGCGUCUCCACAUGUGCAGAGCUGACCACAGCACAGGGCAGCAGUGAUGAUCUGGGCUGCCAUGCCCCAGCGCAGGAGAGCAACACCAAGAGCAGCUCCUCUGCCAGGCAGCCGGAACCAACCCCCUUCCCCUCGCCUCCACGGGGCCUCCCACUGCUCCAGCACCAGUUCAUCUCCAAAAUGGUGAUCCGCCCUGAGCCGUGUGGCAUCUGUGGUGCCCGCAUCCGUUUUGGGAAGGCUGCCAUCAAGUGCCGCCGCUGCCAGCUGCUGCUGCACCCCAAGUGCCGGGAGCAGUGCCCCAGCUCCUGCAAGCCCCGUCCUCGCCACCGUGCCUGGCCCCUUGAGGGUGUAGUGGCUGACUUUGCCCCCUCCACACCACCCUUGGUACCUGAGCUGGUGGUGCAGUGUGUGACUGAGGUGGAGACACGAGGCUUGACGGAGACAGGGCUGUACCGGGUGCGGGGUACCGAGCAGCUGGUGCAGGAGUGGAAGCGGAGGCUGCUGCGGGCUGGGGACACACUGCCUGCCCUCAGCAGCGUGGCUGACAUCCAUGUGGUGUGUGGAGUGCUCAAGGACUUUCUGCGGGGGCUCAAGGAGCCACUGGUCACCUUCAGCCUCCACCCUGCCUUCCUGCAAGCUGCUGACAUCCCGGAUGAUGCUGCCUGUGGCACAGCUCUGUGCCAUGUGGUGAACAAGCUGCCCCCAGCCAACAGGGACACCCUGGCCUUCCUCAUGCUACACUUGCUCAGGGUGUCACGCAGCCCUGCCUGCAAGAUGGAUGUGUUCAACCUGUCCCGUGUGUUUGGUCCCACACUGGUGGGACACAGCUCGUCCAACCCCACACCACACACCAUUCUGGAGGACACACCACGACAGUGCAAGGUGGUGGCUCGGCUCCUCUCGCUGCCACCCAGUUUCUGGAGAGGCUUUGUGGGGACAGAGCAGGAGAACUUGGUACCAAUGCCAGCUCCAGCCAGUGAACGUGGUGAGGCAGGGGGAGUCCUGGCCCCUUUUGUGCCAUGCUCUGUGGCUGCUGAAGGGUCCUGGGUGCCCAUGGCUGGGCUGGAGUGCUAUACCUGUCCCCUUCUUUUUCCCACAGAGCCGUUCUUCCCCCCUAUCACCUCUGUGGAGCCCAAAGUAUGCCAGUUCCGCCCAGCCUGCUGCCUCCCCAGCAGCCCGCAGAGCUGUGAGGGCACUGCUGCCCAGCCCCCGCAGGGGCCAGCCAUAAUAAAGGUGGGCCGGUUCUUCCCUUCUCCGGUGUAG